AUGUUCUCCCGCGCCGCUGUUCGCCCGGCCGUCAAGGCCGGCAGUGCCGUUCUCUCCCGCACUGCGCCCGCCAACGCCGCCAACUUCGCGACUCUGCGUGAAAUUGAGGGCCGUCUCAAGUCGAUUAAGAACAUCGAGAAGAUCACCAACACCAUGAAGAUCGUUGCUUCAACCCGUCUUACCCGUGCCCAGAAGGCCAUGGACGAAUCGCGUGUCUACGGUAAAACCUCCAACACUGUCUUCGAGAACGCCGAAACCAAGCCUCUCGAGGACAAGAAGACUUUGAUCGUCGUCGCCAGCUCCGACAAGGGUCUCUGUGGUGGUAUCCACUCCGGUCUGGCCAAGGCUACCCGCCGUGUCCUCCAGGCGAACCCUAACGCCGAGAUCGUUGUGCUCGGAGAGAAGGCCAAGGCUCAGCUGGCCCGUACCAACUCCGAGGACAUCGUCCUGAGCUUCAGCAACGUCUGCAAGGACAUCCCCACCUUCGCUGAUGCUCAGGCCAUCGCCGACCAGAUCUCCCUGCUGCCUGGCGAGUACGCUAGCGUCAAGGUCCUGUUCAACACCUUCGUCAACGCUCAGAGCUAUGAGCCUCAGACCAUUGAUGCCUUCUCUGAGGAGGCGAUCACUCAGUCCCCCAACAUCUCUGCUUUUGAGGUUAACGACGAGGUCUUGACCAACCUCCGUGAAUACUCCCUUGCCAACAACCUGUUCUGGGCUAUGGCUGAAGGCCACGCCUGUGAAAUCUCGGCUCGUCGCAACGCAAUGGAGAACGCCUCGAAGAACGCUGGUGAGAUGAUCAACAAGUUCCAGAUCUUGUACAACCGUCAGCGUCAAGCCGCCAUUACCGGUGAACUGGUUGAAAUUAUUACCGGUGCCACCGCCAGUGCUGACAUGUAG